GCUCUAGGUGCUAACUUAAGUGGCAGCGACUGUUGUUACAUGGUAGUUUUCCAGUAUGGCUCGAUUGUCUUGUUUAAUGUCUCCGAUCACGAGGUUGACGGAUACCUGAAGAUUGUCGAGAGACAUGCUUCGGGGUUAUUACCGGAGAUGAGAAAGGAUGAAUAUGAGGUAAGAGAGAAGCCAACUUUGAGCACAUGGAUGCAAGGUGGAUUAGACUACAUAAUGUUGCAGUACAUGAAUAUAGAUGGUAUCCGAACUAUCGGCAGUGUUCUUGGCCAAAGUAUUGCUCUUGAUUACUAUGUCCGCCAAGUUGAUGGUAUGGUUGCUGAGUUCACGGACAUCAAUCGUGGAAUGGAAAAGACUGGAACUUUCACAAUGGAGAGGAAAAAGCUUUUCCAACUGGUUGGCAAGGCAAAUUCUAAUCUUGCUGAUGUUAUUCUUAAGCUAGGACUUUUUGAAAGAUCCGAUAUUGCAUGGAAGGAUGCGAAAUAUGCUCAAAUUUGGGAAUAUCUCAGAGAUGAGUUUGAGUUGACUCAAAGAUUUGCAAGCCUUGAUUUUAAGUUGAAGUUUGUGGAGCAUAAUAUACGGUUCCUUCAAGAAAUUCUUCAGAAUCGGAAGUCAGAUUUCCUCGAAUGGCUCAUUAUUAUAUUGAUAGGUGCAGAGAUCCUCAUUUCGGUUUAUGACAUUGCCCAUAAGUCGUCAAUUGCUCUGUAGGUUUAGCUUCUGAAGUGUUGGAAAUUUGAAAUAACACAUUGCACUCUAGUUGUGGCCUGGAGUUGCUGUACAUAUGAAAUCCUAAAAAAACACAUCUACAUGCUAUACGGCACUUGGUCUAUCUUAAUUGUAAAUGCAUGGUCACUUUAUUACAGCAGGGGAGGUACAUCAUUUAAGCCCAGUGCCCCAAUGUAGGGGGAAUUUGAUUUAGUGGAAAUUGAUUGCAUUUUUGGUGCCUUUCUCCUGUAAGUUUUGAUAUUCUUUCCUUUUUUUUUUGUGUUUUGA